AUGGCUUCAAACAGUCUGUUCAGCAGCAGCAGCCCGAUGCUGUACUGGGAUCCUGCGGUGAAGCGUCAGCCAACACCAUCGCCCACCAGCCACCACCUGGACGACCAGGAGGUGAGGUCCCGCCACCAGCGCAGCACAGCGCCACCCAGAGGCCUGGUGCAGACCGACAGCCCGAACUUCCUCUGCAGCAGCCUGCCGCAGCACUGGAGGUGUAAUAAGACGCUGCCGAGGGCCUUCACUGUGGUGUCCCUGGGGAACGACGUACCCGACGGCGUGGUCGUCACAGUGAUGGCCGGCAACGACGACAACAGCAGCGCCGAGCUACGCAACGCCACGGCCACCAUGAAGCAAGGCCACGCCCACUUUAAUGACCUGCGCUUCAUAGGCCGCAGCGGGAGAGGCAAGAGCUUCACACUUUCCAUCAAUGUGCUGACGUCGCCGCCUCAGAUCGCCACCGUGCACCGAGCCAUAAAGGUCACCGUGGACGGACAGCGGCUGCCCAGACGGCAGAGGCAGAAGGAGGUGAAGUCAGGAGUUUUCCGGUUACCAAGCAGCAGCUCUUCAUCAUCAGAUUGCAGAUCAUUUUCCUCCUCUCUGUGGACCAAUGAGCCAUCGUUCCAUGGCCAGAUGACCUCUCUGGCUUCCUCCUUCACUCCAAGUCCCAGAAUGCACCACCUGCCCGCCCUCUCGUACUCCACCCAGCCCCCAGCGUACAGCUCCUUCCUGUCCUCUGCUCCUCCUCCCCCUCCGCUGAGCCACAGUGGUCCGUUCCAGUCGGGCAGCUUCUACUACGGACCGAACCAAACCACGGGGGAGGAGCGCAACGUGGUCACAACUCUGGCCAAUUACAUUGAAGGGGCGUGUCUGUCUAUAAGAGGGGAGGAGCCUGUCUGGAGGCCUUAUUGA